CUGAGCCAUUAGAGGUGGGGGGCACAGAGAGAGAGAGAGACGGAUUGGGGAACCUCGGCCAACCGUGCCAGCCAGGGAGCCAAAAAAAGACGGGGGCGUCCCGUUUCGCAGCCACAGCAGCUGCAGAUGUUUCGGCGUGGCUUUUUAUUUGCUCGCCCUCGGAGAGGAGAGUUUCUCUCUCUUCUUCCCCCCCCCUCUUCUUUUUCCUCCUCCUUUCCUCCUGCCCGGCUUUGCAAGCCCCGCGUACCUAACGAGCAGCUGCGGGCUUUCCCCCCCCGCCCGACCCUCCCACUCCCCAAGUGCUCAAAAACUCCAGACUCGCUUCGGCUUGGGCAGAAUCUGACGUUUACCCGGCGGGCGAUCUUCUCCUUCCUACCUGCGCCCUUCCUCGCAAACUUCUAAAAUCAACCAACAUCCACGAUAUACCCCUCUCAAAAACCCCAAUAACCCCAAAUUAGGAAAAUGCAGAGAGAAGCUGUUUUCGGGGACUCCAGAAGACCCUGCGGCAGGAUGGGCCCCGUAGCUGGUGUAUGCCUGCUCCUGAUUCUCUGUAGGGUGGACUUCUCCCAGGGCGUGAACCCCUUUGCCAUGCAGCAGAUCCCACCGGAUCCUUGCUAUGAUGAAAAAGGGGCACCUCGCCGUUGCAUCCCGGAGUUCGUCAACGCGGCCUUCGGCAAGGACGUCCAUGCCUCCAGCACGUGCGGGAAGCCCCCCACCCGCCACUGCGAUUCGUCAGACUCCCGGAAAGCUCACCCAGCGUCCUAUCUCACGGACCUCAACACGGCAGCCAACAUGACCUGCUGGCGUUCGGAGACUUUGCACCACUCUCCUCAAAAUGUCAGCCUCACCCUCUCCUUGGCCAAGAAGUUUGAGGUCAUCUACGUCAGCCUCCAGUUCUGCUCACCCCGUCCGGAAUCGGCUGCUGUUUUUAAGUCCAUGGAUUACGGCAAGAGUUGGGUGCCUUAUCAAUACUAUUCAUCCCAAUGCCGGAAGAUCUACGGGAAGCCCAACAAGGCCACGGUCACCAAGCAGAACGAGCAGGAGGCCCUGUGUACGGAUGGCCACACCGAUCUCUACCCCUUGACUGGAGGGCUCAUCGCCUUCAGCACAUUGGACGGGCGUCCGUCAGCUCAAGAUUUUGACAACAGCCCUGUCCUUCAGGACUGGGUGACGGCCACCGAUAUCCGGGUUAUUUUCAGCCGUCCUCAUCUCUUCCGGGAACUCGGAGGACGGGACCACGAGGAUGAGGAUGGCGGAGGAAGCUCAUCUUCCUAUUAUUAUGCCGUGGGGGAAUUCCAGGUUGGUGGACGGUGUAAGUGCAACGGGCACGCCUCGCGCUGCGUGAAGGACAAGGAAGGCAAGCUGGUGUGCGACUGCAAACACAACACCGAAGGGCCCGAGUGUGACCGCUGCAAACCUUUCCAUUAUGAUCGUCCCUGGCAGAGGGCCACAGCCAGGGAAGCCAACGAAUGUUUAGCCUGUAACUGCAAUCUCCAUGCCCGACGUUGCCGUUUCAACAUGGAGCUCUACAAGCUCUCCGGACGCAAAAGCGGUGGCGUCUGCCUCAACUGUCGGCACAAUACGGCUGGGCGGCACUGCCAUUACUGCAAAGAGGGCUUCUACCGCGACGUGAGCAAGUCUAUCUCCGAUCGCAAGGCCUGCCGAGCUUGUGACUGCCACCCUGUCGGCGCAGCUGGAAAAACCUGCAACCAAACCACCGGGCAAUGUCCGUGCAAAGAUGGUGUCACUGGCUUAACGUGCAAUCGUUGUGCCAAAGGCUUUCAACAGAGUCGCUCACCUGUAGCUCCCUGCAUUAAAAUCCCUGUUGUCAACCCAACAUCAGUAGUUACCAGCACUGAGGAACCAGCAGAUUGUGACUCCUACUGCAAGCCAGCCAAGGGCAAUUACAAAAUCAACAUGAAAAAGUACUGCAAGAAAGAUUAUGUUGUCCAAGUCAACGUCUUAGACAUGGAGACGGUCGCCAACUGGGCCAAAUUCACCGUCAACAUCCUCUCGGUCUACAAGUGUCGGGACGAACGUGUGAAGCGGGGCGAUAACUUCUUAUGGAUCCACAUGAAAGACUUGGCUUGCAAAUGCCCCAAGAUCCAAAUUAGCAAGAAGUACCUAGUUAUGGGGAUCAGUGAAAACCCCAGCGACCGGCCAGGACUAAUGGCCGACAAGAACAGCUUGGUGAUCCAAUGGCGGGACGCCUGGACUCGGCGCCUCCGGAAACUGCAGAGGCGGGAGAAAAGGGGGAAGUGUUUGAAACCGUGAUUGGUUCGACCUCACGUCGGUUAUAUGCACACCUCCUUCCCCCUUGUGCCUGUGGGUUGCCCGUGCGCUCCGCUCCGUGGACUCUUCCAAAAGACUCUGUAUAUAUACAUAACCUAUGAAUGGGUGGAUUCACCUCUGUAUAGUGUAUAUUUUGACAAAGGUUCUU